AUUCAUUGAAGUUUUCUUGCCUGCGACACUGGUUUGCACAAAAAAAACAGCGAGAGACACCGUUGACUAAAAGAUUUGGCCUCGGAUUAGGUGAAACACACAAACGAUGUUCUCAAAACCCAAAGCAAUUGGGACAGAAGCGGGUUAUAAGGUGUGACGCAAGGUUCCCCGAUAUAGGCGGUAUUUUUACGCGGAUUUCCUUGGAACUCGCGCUAUUCGUUUGAUAAAAGUACACGCGGUGAGGGAAUUAGAAAUAAUUAUUCGUCGACGAUACGACAGUUGCAAUAUCUGCUGAAAAAAAGUAACUUCCGCGCAUAUCAGUUGAAAUUACCGCCGCAGAAUGCACUAUUCCGAAGUCAAAAGUUAUUACGAUUUCAUUUUGCCGUUAGUGUUAGAAUCGGGGAAGACCCUUUCCGAGACGAAGGAGAUCAAAAGGGAGCAAAAAAACGGCACCGACUGGGACUUAAUCUCCGACUAUGACAAGAAAAUUGAAGAUAUCCUUAUUGCUCAGAUCAGAAAAAAAUUUCCUACUCACAGCAUCAUAGCCGAAGAAGAAUCCAGCGCGAAAGACAAGGUAUCGGAUCUUACCAACGAACCUACUUGGUUCAUAGAUCCGAUAGAUGGAACAGAAAAUUUCAUAAAAAAGCUCCGGGUCACGUGCAUUUCCGUCGCCAUGACCAUCAAUAAAGACUUGGUGUUCGGCAUUGCUUACAACCCUUUCAUGGACGAAUUAUUCACCGCUAUCAAGGGUCAAGGGGCCUACCUAAACGGAGAACAAAUACGGGUAUCUGGGGAAAAAGACUUAAAGCAAUCAUUUUUCGACUACGAAAUAUCUAUGGGACGAGUAAACUCCAAACUGUAUGACUUGUACAUGUACAGAUUGAAACACCUCAUGCCAAAAGUAUUGACCAUUAGGGCGUACGGUUCAGCAAUAUUAGGACUUUGCUACGUAGCUUGCGGAAGAUUUGAUGCCUACCAAUGCGAUGGUUUGUACCCGUGGGACGCGGCUGCAGGUACCCUUAUCGUAAGGGAAGCUGGAGGUUACGUCAGGAACUCAUCAGGGAAAGAAUUCGACUUGAUGGAGCCCAACUUUAUCGCUACGUCCACGAAACAACUUUCCGAUCAGUACAUGGAGAUCGAGAGGAUAGCGGACGCGGAAAGAGAACGCGCGGUGCAAAAUGGAAACGAAUUUGUUCCUUGAUUUAGAGCUAGCGGUAGUUCUAUUUAAUUUACCACGUAUAAACCAAGCUCAGUAUCCAUAUUUCAUUAGGAAAUACUUGCAAUUGUGCGGGUAAUUAUCGGUUAAUGUAAAACAUUUAAUUUAAACAAUCAGUUGCGCGUCGAAGAUAAUAAAAAUGAGAACGGCCAUAAAUCCAAAGUUUUUUUCUUGUAUGAUUAAUGUAUCAGUGUAGUACUUUAACACCAACAAAGAAAGUGUAUAUAAAUAUUUUGACAUAUCUUAAUGGAUUUUAUUUUUAUUUCGGGAAUGCAAAAAAAAUUAGUUUCUAUAUCAAAAAUUGCCAAGAAUUGUUUCAUACCUAAAUUAAUUUGUGUCGUUUUAGAGAAUUACGAAAUUUUCAAAAAUGAUAGUAAC